AUGUCGGAUAUGUUAAGUAGCCCAUAUGGGCUCUCCGUCCGCAGAAACGGCUCCUGUCUCGCCACCGAAACAGAUUGCGGCCAAACCUGGUCACCCUUCCAUGCCUGUUGCCCUGGGGGCACGAAAUGCCCAGCCGGCCAAUCAAAUGUGAAAUGCUGCCCAUCAGACGCAGACUGCUCCGAGUUACUUGAUGACAAACAUUGCGCAAACAGCACUGCAAAUGUCUAUAAGGCCAAUGAUUACUUCUGCUGCGCUUCUGGCACACAGGCUUUUCAGAAAAAGAAUGGCUUUGUCGGCUGCACCGAUGAUACAUCCACCUUGGACAGUAGUUUGACUCUCUUGAAAAUCCAGUAUCAUGGCAUCACCUCAACAACCUUGCCGUCAUCGACAAUAUCUAGUGCAAUUUCCAGCGCCACAACCACUACCACUACUUCAGAUGCCACCGAUCCCACAAUCGCGUCGGAUAAUUCGUCUUCGUCGUCGUCCAAUACCGGAGCCAUUGCUGGAGGUGUUGUUGGUGGAGUAGCUGGUUUGGCCAUCCUGGCUGGUCUACUAUGGUUCCUACUCCGUCGCCGAAACCAGGCAAAGAAGAACAUAGGAACACCUGUAGACCCAAACCCUCUAAUGUCCAAUGCUCCCGAAUCGAGGUUCCCCGAACCAAGUACCCCUGCAUCGAGUGUUCCUGUUUCGAGUAUUCCCGUUUCAAGCGUCACCGGAUCGAGCGCUCCCGGAUCGAACAUUGUUGAGUACUUCAAUAAGGCCCCCGAAAGCGUUGUGUCCCAACCACCGCAAGAGCUUGCUGGUCGAGACGAAAAUAUGGUCCAUGAGUUACCGUCACAGCCGACACAUCGGUGA